GCGACAACUGCCCCGCAAGGAGCAGAGGAUGGAUGACAUCUUCACGCAGUGCCGGGAGGGCAACGCGGUGGCCGUGCGCCUUUGGCUGGACAACACAGAGAACGACCUCAACCAGGGCGACGACCAUGGCUUCAGCCCCCUGCACUGGGCCUGCCGCGAGGGGCGCUCCAGCGUCGUGGACAUGCUGGUCAUGCGAGGGGCACGCAUCAAUGUCAUGAACCGGGGGGAUGACACCCCCUUGCACUUGGCGGCCAGCCACGGUCAUCGAGACAUCGUCCAGAAGCUCCUCCAGUUCAAGGCCGACAUCAACGCCGUGAACGAGCAUGGCAACACGCCCCUCCACUACGCCUGCUUCUGGGCCCAGGAGCCGGUCGCUGAGGACCUGGUGGCCAGUGGUGCCCUCGUCAGCAUCUGCAACAAAUACGGGGAGACGCCCCUGGACAAGGCCAAGGCGCCCCUGCGGGACUCUCUGAGGGAACGAGCGGAGAAGUUGGGUCAAAACCUGACCCGCAUCCCCUACAAGGACACUUUCUGGAAAGGGACAACGCGCACUCGACCCCGUAACGGCACUUUAAACAAACUGGCGGGGAUUGACUUUCGGCAGCUGAGCCUGGGCCACAAGCUCAACGGGAACCAGUCUGGAGAGCUCUGGAAGGGCCGCUGGCAGGGGAACGACAUCGUGAUCAAGCUGCUCAAGAUCCGGGACUGGACCACCAGGAAGAGCCGGGAUUUCAACGAGGAAUACCCCAAGCUCAGGAUCUUCUCCCACCCCAACGUGCUGCCAGUGCUGGGCGCCUGCCAGGCCCCGCCGGCCCCACACCCCACCAUCAUCACCCACUGGAUGCCCUACGGCUCCCUGUACAACGUGCUCCACGAAGGCACCAACUUCGUGGUGGACCAGACCCAGGCGGUGAAGUUCGCCCUGGACGUGGCCCGGGGCAUGGCCUUCCUGCACACGCUAGAGCCCCUCAUCCCACGCCAUGCCCUCAACAGCCGCGGCAUCAUGAUAGACGAGGAUAUGACAGCCCGGAUCAGCAUGGCUGACGUCAAGUUCUCCUUCCAGUGUCCAGGCAGGAUGUACGCUCCGGCCUGGGUGGCACCAGAGGCCCUGCAGAAGAAGGCAGAGGAGAUUAACCGGCGCUCAGCGGACAUGUGGAGUUUCGCUGUGCUGCUGUGGGAACUGGUGACACGAGAGGUGCCGUUUGCUGAUCUCUCCAACAUGGAGAUUGGCAUGAAGGUUGCUCUGGAGGGGCUGCGGCCCACCAUCCCACCAGGCAUCUCGCCACACAUCUGCAAGCUGAUGAAGAUCUGCAUGAAUGAGGACCCCGCCAAGCGCCCCAAAUUUGACAUGAUCGUCCCCAUCCUGGAGAAGAUGCAGGAGAAAUGAGGGGAGAGUCCACCCCGCCCCAAGUGCCUUCGGGAAGUGCCCCUUCCUCGCCUGAAGCCAAUACGGUACAGAUCGAGACCCGCCUUGCCCGGGGCCGGUGGGCAGGUUGCCGAGCCGCCUCAACCGCCCUCCUCGCCGGCUUCAACAGCCCACGUAGCCACUGCCGCUGCCCCGCUCUCCGUCCACCUGCUCGCCUGCAUCAAGCCCACCCUGUGCUCCGGCGUGCCCGUGCAAUGUGGUUUUUAAUCUUGUCUAUGCAGAGCCUGGGCAAAGCUGCCGAGCUCCAAAUAAAACCGUUGUUACUGCUAAA